CUUUAGGAUAGAUUCCCAGAAGUGGGAUAACUGGAUCAGAGGGUGGUUACCCUGUGUAUAAGAGUGUGUGUCUCACUGCACCUUCAAUGGCAUUGAGUAGAUUGUCAGUAUUUAAACAGACCACAUCAUGCGUGAGUACAAGCUAGUGGUCCUUGGUUCAGGAGGCGUGGGGAAGUCUGCUCUGACAGUUCAGUUUGUUCAGGGAAUUUUUGUUGAAAAAUAUGACCCAACGAUAGAAGAUUCCUACAGAAAGCAAGUUGAAGUAGAUUGCCAACAGUGUAUGCUUGAGAUCCUGGACACAGCAGGAACAGAGCAAUUUACAGCAAUGAGGGAUUUGUAUAUGAAGAAUGGCCAAGGGUUUGCACUAGUAUAUUCUAUCACAGCUCAGUCCACGUUUAAUGACUUACAGGACCUGAGGGAACAGAUUUUACGGGUUAAGGACACAGAAGAUGUUCCAAUGAUUUUGGUUGGCAAUAAAUGUGACCUGGAAGAUGAGCGAGUAGUUGGCAAAGAACAGGGUCAGAAUUUAGCAAGACAGUGGUGUAACUGUGCCUUUUUAGAAUCUUCUGCAAAGUCAAAGAUCAACGUUAAUGAGAUAUUUUAUGACCUGGUCAGACAGAUAAAUAGAAAAACACCAGUGGAAAAGAAGAAGCCUAAAAAGAAAUCAUGUCUGCUGCUUUAGACCCACAGUAAGCAGCAGCUCUGAGCCAGAUUACAGGAAUGAAGAACUGUUGCCUAAUUGGGAAGUGCCAGCAUUCCAGACCUUCAAAAAUUAAAUCUGAUGAAGAGGCUUCUCCUGUUUUAUAUAUUAUGUGAAGAAUUUAAAUCUUGUAUUGGUUUGCACAAACUCCCUGGAGAAAAAAAAUUGCUCUGUGUAUAUCUCUUGGAAAAUAAGACAAUAGUAUUUCUCCUUUGCAAUAGCAGUUAUAACAGAUGUGAAAAUAAAUAUACUUGACUCUAAUAUGAUUAUACAAAAGAGCAUGGAUGCAUUUCAAAUGUUAGAUAUUGCUACUAUAAUCAGAUGAUUUCAUAUUGACCUUUUUAUCAUGAUUCCUCCCUGUCAAGCACUAAAAAGUUGAACCAUUAUACUUUAUAUCUGUAAUGAUAUAGAUUAUGAAAUUUCCCCUCAAACUCAUUGCAGCAGAUAACUUUUUGAGUCAUUGACUUCAUUUUAUAUUUAAAAAAUUAUGAAAUAUCAUUCUGUCAUUAUAUUCUAAUUAAAAUUGUUUGUGCAUAAUGCUUUGGAAAAAUGGGUCUUUUAUAGGAAAAAAAACUGGGAUAACUGAUUUCUAUGGCUUUCAAAGCUAAAAUAUAUAAUAUACUAAACCAACUCUAAUAUUGCUUCUUGUGUUUUACUGUCAGAUUAAAUUACAGCUUUUAUGGAUGAUUAAAUUUUAGUACAUUUUCAUUUGGUUUGUGUGUUUUUGUUAUUGUUUGUAGAUUUAAGACUUUUAUUUUAUAACGGUCACAUUGUUUCAAUGUGCUUUUAUGCCUGGUACCUGCACACCACUUGGCUUUAAACCCUUCAGUAAUUGCUGGUUUCUCUAAGAACAGACAUCACACUUUCUGUUCCAGAUGUAUUUAUUCCUACUAUACAGCAAAUCACAUCAGACUACAUAGAAUAGUUUUGUAUAUUCUCUCUUGAUCUUAAAGAUUGUAUCUUAUUGAAUAAAAUAUCUCACUGUGUAUUAUUUUUAUAUGUAAAAAUAAGUUUAAUACUGUAUCAGGGGUUAACUUUACUAUUUCAGAUCUUCCACAGCUUGUCAUUUCAUCAGGGGAAUCCUUUGUCAUUGUUAAUUUGUUGGGUAGAAGCCCACCAGCGAAAUGUUAUGAAAGAAUUUUCAAAUUUGCUUUAUGAUAGGUUGAAGAAUUUGAAAGAAGUAGGAAAAAGUGAAAAAGCAUGUCAAGAAUGUUGUCAGUUUGCUUUUGCUUCGACUACAUGUGAAAUAGUAUAGUAGUCAUAGUGUGGAAACGACUGCUAAGUUAAAAGUUUAGCUGGCUGUAUAGUGGUGCUUUUCUUUUCCUUCCCAAUUUUCUCUGUUUCUACAAAGAUGGCGCUUAAUGAGGACAUGAAUCUAGGGUGACCAUAUAUGACUGAUGUGCUCUCCACAGAGGAGCACAAUAGCUUGUUCAGGCCGGUCAAGUGCUGGCAAAGGAGAGAAACCAGCUUAGGAAACCCUGUGCCUUGUCCCUGAAUACUGAGGAGGAGAUGAGUCCUAGAAAGUCUGCAUCACUGCUCAGGGAUCUAGAUACUGUCUCGUUGCAACUAGGUAUGAAGUAGUGUUCAUGCCUCGCUGAGACUUUCCAGGAAUGUGGUCAGUCCAUAAGCUGCCAAGUUGAGAUUUAAGAAUAAGAUUUCAAAUAUAAGCUCUGACCAACCUGAGAAAAUGUUAAGAUAUUAUGAAAAAAAAAAAAAAGAGAAAAGAAAGAAAAUUGGAAACUGUAUUCUUUUGAGUUUGAGUUUCUAAUACAUUUAGUUAACUGAUACUUUCUACUGAUCCAGUUACACGUAGGUCUGGGAUUGAGGGGCCAAAAAUCUAAUGAAUGCAAUAAAUCGAAAAUAAGUAAGUGAAGUGUUAGGGCCAGUGUGUCCAGGUCAAGGUGGCAUAUAUUAAGGUCCUCUAGAGUCACUCUGCUUAAAAACUUACCUCUCAAACACUCCUUUCGACUUAAAAUCAUAGACAAACAUCGCACACAUAAGUAAAAAUUGCCAAACAUUACCUGUUACAUAGAUUGUGUGGUUAUUUACCAGAUCAAUAGGGAUCAUUAAGAAUAACCCCCAAGCUCCAGUCUGCUCCUUGGUGACCCUCUUCUCCAGUCCACUUGGGAUGAAGUCAGAAGCAUGAAGAAAAACGCCCCGGUGGCACACAGCAGCACGCAGAACAGGGCCUGCUGAAAUCAGAGGUGCAGUACUAUCUCAGCAAAACCUGCCUCUGCUGAGCCAGGUUGGAAAGGCAUCCUGUCAGGAAGGGAGCUGGGUGCGCUUUUAUGUGGUCCCUCUGUGGACUCUGCAGUCUUGGUUCCAGAGAGGAGGGUGCCUGAAACUAAGAUGUACUUGGUGUAUCUUACAUAGCUGAAAAAUCCCAAAGUCCUCAAGGAUAUUCUGUGACUCUCAUACGCUAAAUAUCCAAGAACUGGUAUGUUCGUAUUUGUGACUCUUCAAAGCAUGAUGGCUUUAGUCAUAUGAGUAACAUAUCAUUUAAAGGAGGCUUGACGUCCCAGUUGAUAGUUUUUCCCCACUAAAGCACGAACGACUUUAAUGGCUUUCUAGUGCUCCCCCCAAUCUAGUUUUAGAAACAAAACAGUAAAUACAUCAUCUAUAAUUUUACCCUCCACCAGGGGGAGCUUCAGUAUCAGUUAAUACUUUUACAAGCCUUGAAUGAAUAGUAUGAAUUCAAUCCAUCUGUUCUUAUAAAUAAACACUGCUUGCUUCACAAAGAGGCGUAAAGGCCUUUCCUCAAGAAUUUGAAAUCUACCGGGCAGGGGAGAGAAGUAAGAAAUUCAUCAAAGAUGUGAAAAUACUGUAAUUCAUUAAACCGUGGUCACAGAGUUAGUUCUCUUAGGAAUGUUAGGAGAAAUAUGGGUGUUGGCAUGUUAUCCUCUCUCCCCUACAGCUUUGAAAUAGUUUCUCUUUGGCCUCUUGAUCUGCCAUCAUGACUGGCCACCUUUUACUCCUCAGUGAAAGGGUCUGUUUCUUUGAAAUUAGAAUGUACUUGGGAAAAGUUAAUCCUUGGGAAGGUGCUGAUCUUUACUUUAUUACCCGCAUCAUUUAAGACAGGUUACUUGGUCGGGAGCUAUUUUUCUCCAUAUAUGAACAUCAUCAUUGGACCUGCCCCAUUUCAGUAUUUUGCCUCAUUUUCCUCAUCAGGGACACCUAUAUUUGUCAGUUCACGUAUCUCAUUUUCCUUUUUAGGACUGAGGGACAGAAAGAAAGGUUACCUCCGUAUUUUCAUUGAUAAGCAAUCGCAGUAGAAUGUUAGAAGACAUAAAAUAUGCUCGUAUAAAUUAUAUGUGUGUUGUGAAACCAAAGUGUGACGACAUUGUCAGGUAUUUGGAGGAGGAAAAUAGCUUGUAAAACAACCUUUUGUUUUAUUUGGGUCUUGUACUUAUUUAAGGUGCUACAUAAAUGUGUAAAAAAGCCCCUCUUGACUCCGCUCCAAACUUAAAAGGGCAGAGUGGUUUGGGUGCUCGGCCAGCAUCUGGAAAAAGCCCAUCUUGUGCAGGGAAGGAAAUGAAUGCAAGCUUUGAGGUAGUCCAACCACCAAGCUUUUAGUGUUUCUAUUCCCCAAAAAUGUAAAAAAUGCAAGUUAUUCUUGAAAAUGUAGUACAGACAUUACAUUGAAUAUGAAUAUUUUUUUUUACUGCAGUUUUAUCUUGGGUUUGCUGAAUGCGCAGUCCAUUUAUUUAAUGCCAUGUCUUGCUUAAAUAUUCUUGUCGAGAACAGCUGGAGACUUUGAACUGGAUGCUUGGUUCUGCUUUCUGGAAAGGCAACAUGGAUUCUGUUUUGCAGACAUUAAGAAGAGCUUUAAAAGGGUAUUGGGGGAUACAACUCUUUGGCUUUUUAAGAAGAAGCCUCCUGUGGUUCGGAGCCCAAGGUGUGACAUACAUUUCCUGCUAAUUGCUUCUCUUAAGAAGCAUGGGCUUGGCUGUUCCUCUUGAGGAAAAACCUUAAUAAACCUUCCCAUUUUACCAGU